GAUCUAGCCGGGCCAUCAGAUAAUCGUGAGUCAUGUACUUCGAAUGGAAAAUGCCGAUUACUAUACUCCAGAGGCUGAAAAGAUUUUCUCUAACUUGAACCCAAUCCACUCCUGAUGCAACUCGAUAGCUUAAAGCACCACAGAUCCUGCAACCGUCGCUUCUCUCUUCCUGCAAUCGAUGGCAGUUGGUGACUACCACCUCCCAUACACAUCGACGCCUUUUGAGGGUCCAGAGAAAUUACUGGAGAUUUGGUUCGCCCCUUCUCCUGUACAUGUGCCAGAUGCACACGCACCAAAAAAUGGCCGUAUAGGCCUGAGGAAUGUUCCACAACAAGUAUGGGAGGACAUGCUGGACAUCGUCAAAUGCAAGGUCCUCAGUGUUAUUGAGGGCGAAGAAAUUGAUGCUUAUCUUUUGAGCGAAUCAUCUCUGUUUGUGUUCCCGCAUCGCAUUAUCCUGAAGACAUGCGGCACAACGUUAAACCUCCUCGGUCUUCCGCGCAUCCUCGAAAUCGCGCAAAACUUCGCCUCACUCCCAUCUGUUUAUCGAUGCUUCUACUCACGUAAAUCCUUCAUGUUCCCUGAGCGCCAGCUCGGCCCGCACCGAGAGUGGAAGGAUGAAGUGUCGUUCCUUGAUGCCAUAUUUCCAAAUGGAGCCGCUUACACUGUAGGCAAAGUCAAUGGCGACCACUGGCUGCUUUACCUAACAACCCCUGGACAAACUGGCGCAAAUGGGGAGACCGCACCUAGUUCUCCCGAUGCUUUUCCAUUGCCACCUCUUCAGUCCGAGAAUGAGGAGGAGAAUGAGACAAACCAGACCCUGCAACAUGUUGAAUCCGAAACACCAGUUACUCAGGACUAUACAAUCGAGAUCCUCAUGAGUAACCUUUCUCCCAAGGCUCGCGAGGCCUUCUUCAUGGCUCCUCCAGUAGAAGAUGCACCUCCGGAGAAUCCGUCGGUCAUUGGGAGGACUUUGUCCUCGGCCAUUGGAAUUUCAGAUCUUUUCCCGCCUCAUCUUACUACAUUGGAUGCUUAUGCGUUCACCCCUUGCGGUUACUCUUCGAAUGCCCUCCUGAAAUGGGGCGACGGAGUUGAAGAUGGCCACGAGGGAGAGGGCUACUACACAAUCCACGUGACUCCUGAAGCAGGCUGGUCCUAUGCCAGCUUCGAGUGCAACGUGCCACUGUCCACUUCUUCGUCUUCUUCAGCAAAAGAUAUCCCCGAUCUAUACACCCUGAUCAGACGCGUCGUCGACAUCUUCCAGCCCGGCAGACUCAGUCUGACCCUUUUCAUAUCCAACGUCGAUAAUAGCAGUGCUGAAGAUGACGAGGGUGAGACUGCUGUUGAAGCCGCCCAACGGACCUUCAAAUCGGCUCUGACAGCUCAACGCCAUGUGUCAUGUUCUUCUAGUGAUUCAGUGACCAGCCACAGGGGUAAACAAAGUGACCGCAUGUUGUAUAGGAGAACCGACAAGAUCAGUUAUCGAUUUGGUGGUUACAAUCUUGCAUUUGCGAGUUUCGAGUGUCGAUGAAGAUGUCAUCCUGGUGGUGUUAGGUUGUACGCUGAAGUUAUCUUUUCUCAUCUAGAUGCGCUCGUACUUUCCUGCCAAUCUACUUUUUGCUACCUUCUCCGUUUCCGCUAUACGAUCCAGAUUUCGGAUUACCCCAUGUUCGUUGCGUUCGCCUUGUACACAUGAUGCUGUUGAUCACCAUUACAUUGUUAUGGCCUCGGUUAGUGUCAGCUGCGCGAAUCUUCGAUUCACAAGGUCAGGGCACUUUCACGGCAUGAAGUUCCUGGUCUCUAACUCCUAAUGCGCGUUAUCGGAAAUGUCCGUA